AGAAAACGAGGCCAGGGCUCCUUCGGAUAUUGUUUUGGACGAGGACGACGUAAUUUUAACAAGAAUCGUCAAUUUCGCGGACUCACCAUGGAGAGACAUGUGGUUCGAAAUUAGUCACUCAGAUUCGACGGAUCUCUUAGAGAACGAGGCCCGAUCUUCAAAUGGGUUUACUAUUUUAUUUUUACUUCGGUGAUGCAUCUGAUCUGGAUAUUGAAUCGACGGAUAUUUCUAUGCGAUUAAAAACUGACGCGUGUUUGUUGAAAACGCUUCGAUGCCUGGACUCGACAAGAAUCUGUCACGUGGAUUCUGGCUCAUUGCGGUAUUAUGGAAUUGUCAUGCCGCUUAUGAAAUGCACGUGUCAUUUAUUUUUGAUCAUGUAUAACGUGCUAAUAGUGGUGAGCGAAUAUUUUCAGUAUGACAAUUUCGUUGGAAUGCAUUCGGUGAGAAGACGCUUGCAUUCGCAUGCUGAAAAGAUUGUAGGAUUUUUUUUAGCUGAUUGGUCUUGGCUGAAAGACCAGUUGACGAAAGAAAGUAGCCUGUAUUGGCACUUUGCCAUUUGCUGGCAACACUUAAUGCAGAACAAAAUGUAAAUUCGGAAAAUCGUUAAAUUCAAUAAUUGGCUGUCUCAAGAU